CACAUAACAACAACACAUCCAUUUCAUUUCUAUAUAAGCCACCUCAACUCACUCUUGGUUCAACACACAAGUUAACCAAAAAGGGAAAGAGGCAAAGGAACAAGAGAAACAUGUUUUCAGAAAACACCCUUUGGCUCAUGCUUGCCAUUUUCUCCCUCAGUGUUGCCAUCACAUUAGCCUCAGACCCUGAUCCAGUUCAAGACUUCUGCAUACCAAACCCUAGAUUUGGUGCCAUGAAAACAUCACAUGCCAACAUGCACUACACUCUCCCAUGCAAGAACUCCUCAGAGGUCACCACUGAUGACUUUGUCUUCUCUGGCAUGAAAGCCUCAGGGAACAACUUCUCAGACACAGGCCUAGCUGUGGUGUCAGCAAGUCCUACAAACUUUCCAGGGCUCAACACUCUAGGGUUGUCUUUUGCAAGAGCAGACAUUGAAGUUGGUGGCAUCAACCCUCCACACUUUCAUCCUAGAGCCACUGAGCUGGUCCAUGUGGUGCAAGGAAAAGUGUACUCAGGCUUUGUUGAUUCCAGCAAUAGGGUGUUUGCUAGAGUGCUUGAACAAGGAGAGGUCAUGGUGCUCCCUAAGGGCCUAGUGCACUUCAUGAUGAACGUUGGUGAUGAACCUGCCACGUUGUUUGGAAGCUUCAAUAGCCAAAACCCUGGGAUUCAGAAGAUACCUUCUGCUGUGUUUGGUUCAGGGAUUGAUGAGGAGCUUCUGCAGAAGGCUUUUGGAUUGACUCCUAAGCAGAUCGGAACCAUGAGAAAAAAAUUUGAUCCCAAGACAGCUGGGUAGAUAAGAUGAUCAUCAAAGGUAGUCAUGUUUGUGCAUUUGCCUUUCAGGGUUUGAGUCAUAUCUUGGGGUGUAAGUUUCUUGCUCCUUUCUUUGUGUCUUGAAGAGUUUUCAACUUCUUCUCCCAGUUUUUGUCUCUCGUUGUAGUAUUACAAUACUAUAUAUUAUAAGUGAAGAAUAUGGAGUGCAGGUUGGUCAAAUUACCUUGUAUUGAAACUCUUAAGCAGCAAAUAAUCCCUUCUCUCCUCAUAAA